AUGAGUGAUUCAACACAAAGCUCAUCAGAAGCUCGGCGUAAUCGGACAUGCGAGGUACCGGAUCCAUCCCCUAAAUCGGGCAGAGGAACAGGCUCAGCUAAUGAUCUCCCUCAGGGGUGUCGAAAGAGGAAAAUCAAGUGCGUUACGGAUUUAAGCUCCAAGGAUCUUUCCGGCAGAUGUUCUAGGUGCAAUAAAAUGGAUCUAGAAUGUAUUUACAACCCCCCCGCAAUAAAGAGAAAACGGAAGAGAAACGAGACUCGGAUCCGUGAGCUUGAGCAAAAGCUUGAAGAGGUUCAACAGUCUAUUUCGAAGGAGCAAGGCGCCAACCGAUGUACCCCACUGGCUUCGGGGGUGUCUUCAAUGACAGAGCCCAUUGAUGGUUCUUUACUGGCAUCCAGCCAAAUCACUGACGGGCAUUCGGGUUGCGAAUCAUCACCUGGGAUAUCUGAGAGGGCCUUUGCAAAGGGACCUGUCAAGGAUGAUCCCAUAUAUCGCGGCAUUAUUGAAGAAUCUUUGGCGGACAAACUCUGCAUUGUGUUUUGCACGGAAAUGCUCCCUCAUUAUCCCUUGAUCUUACCCCCUGCACCAAUAUCAUACAAGACUCUUCGCGAUGAUCGACCUGCAAUUCUCCGCGCAAUCAUAGCAACAGCAUCAAGCAUUUAUGCACCUGACCUUUGGAAAUUCUUGUUCCAGGAUGCUGAACGCUACAUUAUGGAGCAGGCACUGAUGAGAGGCCGGAAAAGCCUGGAUCUUAUUCAGGCAGCAUUACUUCUUGCCACCUGGAGUCAUCCACCCAAGCGAUUUGAAGACCUUAAUUUUGGCCAGUUCGUAAACAUCGCUGUGACCAUGGUGCUUGAUUUACGGUCAUCGAAUGAUCUACGAUAUCUGAUUUCUUCUGAUCCUGUGGCAGCAUCAACAGAGGGCUCUUUGGAAGUUGCGAGAACGUUCUUGGCCUGCUACCUGCUCUCUUCUAGCAUAGCAAUGUCCUUACGUCGACCCAAUACUAUGCCAUACAACACCUGGGUUCGAGACUGUCUGGCUGUCUUGAAUUCCACUGCAACUACACAUAUCGGAGACCGUCGAUUGGUAGCAUGGAUUGAUCUGCAAAAGCUGGCAGAAGAGACUCUGGCCAUAGCUGGGAUUGAUGGAAACUCAUUAGGAAGGUCGACGGAUUCGCGAACUCCUCUGAUCCUCAAGAGCGGCCUAGAAAGAGUAAAGGCCUGGAGACAGACGGUCUCCGACGACAUUAUGCACGACACUCUCGACAUUCACUAUAAUGUGAUACUGUUGAAUCUUUCGGAACCCGGCCUACAUGGCAAGCAUAAUGCCAACGACUUUCGCCCCCCUUACGCUAUUAACACAAGACUUGCUGCAUAUCCAUUGACGGAAAACCAACCACACUUUAUUGACGCAUGUAUAGAAUGCUUGGAAGUAAGCCGUAAGAUAAUGCAGAUCUUUAAGCAUAUGUCAGCGGAGAGCAUACGCCAGAAGCCUGUGAUUGUUUUCACGAGGAUCAUGUAUGCUGCCGUCAUUAUUGUCAAACUGGCCGUGCUUGAAGAGCCAAAUUUCAAGGAGUCGCGCUCAUCAGCACCAGGCUCUGACAUGGAAAUCCUUCAUACAACCCUCGAUAAACUGGUGUUAGCCGCUGAAGGAUCGCGGUACUUCGUCCCAGCAACGUUUUGUGCAGUCCUUCGAAGAUUGCUCAGCCGAUGUGCUCAGAGGGAUUCGCAGGCAACCAAUGCACAUGAUGCACUCAUCGAACCCCUUACCAAUCUGGAACUGGAAGACUCGCCGGCUGAUCAUUCAUUAAUUCAGUCGCUUGCAGACACAGCUGACCAAAUUCCUCCUUAUCUACUAGAAGAGGAACUUCAGGUCUUUGAUAAUGGAUCGCCUUCCCUCGGCAUGGAUAGUCAAACCUCUUCAAACCCAUUAACACUAUUUGAUGACUAUGUGGAGAGUACGGCAGAUGAGGUAGCUUCUGUCAUGUUCUGGAAUAAUUUUCUCAGCGAGGCUUCGUUUUGA